UGUCCUUUCUCCUCCUCCUCCUCCUCCUCUUUACUCUUCAAAGUCUCCGCCACACACUUCUCUCCAUUGAAACUCCUCUCAUCUUUCACAUAAACACCUACAAUGGCCACUUCAUUCUCUACCUUGACACCUUUUCUUUUCAUCCUCCUUCUCUCCAUCUCCUCCGUUCUUGAAGCAGCUCAUCACCACACGGCGGCUCCAGCUCCGGCUGUAGACUGUUCGAUGCUCAUACUCAACAUGGCUGAUUGUUUGUCCUUUGUUUCCGCUGGAGGCACGGAGGCUAAGCCGGCUAGUUCUUGUUGUAACGGGCUUAAGACGGUGCUUAAGACCGACGCAGAGUGUCUAUGUGAGGGGUUUAAAAGUAGUGCUUCUCUAGGCGUUACUUUGAACAUGACUAAAGCAGCAACACUCCCCGCUGCAUGCAAGCUUCACGCUCCUUCUAUGGCUGCUUGUGGAUUGUCCGCCGCUCCUACUAUGGCACCAGGUCUUGCUCCAGGAGGAGGUGCUGUAGCUGCUGGACCCGACUUAAGUUUUCUAGCUCCAAACCCAUCUCCAGGGAACCACGGAUCUUCCUUGCUUCCCUUCUCCUUCACCACCAUACUCAGCACUAUGUUCUUCGUAUUGUUCUUGUCUCGUGUCUAGAUAAAAGCCUUAUUCACCAGCCCGAUUUGGUUGUAUGAAAUAGCUUUGGGUUUAAUUUGGGUUUUCAUGACUUUAAUAGUUUUGCGUGUCUUUCGAGUAUUCUGUUUCAGACCAUGUCGGGUUUAUGUUCGUAGUUUUACUCUUUAGUUAUGUUUCACAUUGGUCCUUUUAUCUAAGAGCAUCUCUGAUUACUCUUAUAUUUUUUUUUUUUUGAUAACUCUGAUAUCUGGGCAGUCACAAUCCCAACUAUCUCCCGAAAGAGAUUCAGCGCCCCAACAGAAGGAAUGUUAAAUCUCUUGUGACCAAGACUCGAACCCGGGUGGCGGGCAGUACAGUUGUACCUCCUUUACCACCAAGCUACGAGCGCUUGGUUAAAGAAAAAAAAAAAAAAAUUCCUUUGGUUUUCCUAAAACAAUUCCUUUGGUUAAAUUUGCUUAUAUAUUAUAAUUGGUGGUUACUCUUA